CGGAUCCAGUGAUGUCCAAAGGGUGGGGGGGGGGCGAAAGUUGGGCAACACUGUCCUACUGGGUCCGGGGACAUGCCCCACAAAAGUUUUGUGUUCUAUACGCCCGAAAAUAACAUUUGAUGUGUUCUGAGCUAUCAUUUUUUUUCUUUUACUUUCUUUUUUUUACCUCCCAAAAAUUGUUGUUACAUUUAUGGUUUCAUGGGCCGAUGGCCUGAUACGUCGGGUAGUUGCUUUAAUGAAUGGAAUCGAUUUACGUUAGACCUCAUUUAUUUACUAAAACGAAUGUUUUGCCUUUUUUUUAAAUUGUCAUUAUUGGUAUCCAUUGUUAUUUUACUUAAUAUUACUUUUAUACUUCACUUUUAUUUCAGACCGUAGUCCACAUCAUCACUUACAAAAACCACUGAGACAAAAUGUUAAUAAUAAAAAAAAAAACAGACGAAAUUUUAUAAAAUUGUUGUUUAACAUUGUAAAUAUUUUUAUAUGUUGUAUUUUCAAAUCAUAUUUAAAUAUAUUUACAUUCUGUACGGUAAUUGGUAUCUUAUACGGUCUAUUUGAUGCAAUACAAAAAUAUAUUAAAUAAAUAAAUAUCAUAGGCAAAAUAUUGCUGUGCUUGGGAACAGUAAUAUUUUUGUAGGCUAAUAAUUCUUGUAGUGGCAUUCGUAAUAGUAUUUUAAUUCAUUAUUUUAUUUGCGCAUUUAAAUUUAGGAUUGAGGCUGCAUAUCCACCAUUAGACGCUGAUGACUUGAGAGCAUCAAUGGUAAAGCGUCGGCUGGCUGAAUACAUUGAUGAAGACAAAGCAUUUGGUAUAAGGCAAAAUCUAUUGAAAGCCGGAAUUACUCCUUAUUUGAUAACACUAACUUACAAUGAUGGUUUCAAACAAAACCAAAGCAUGAAGAGAAGACCCGAUGGCACGAACAGUAUACCGCUGCAGGGGACAUGCGCAGUUGUAGGCAGUGCAGGAAUAUUGCAAAAUAGUAGAUGUGGAUGCGAUAUAGAUGGACACGACUUUGUUUUUCGUGGUAAUCUUGCAAAAACUAUUGACUUUGAAGAAGACGUUGGAACGAAAACAGAUCUGAUGGUUCUUAAUGGCGCUUCCUCUGUCCAAAGCAGCAAAUGCCUUACAAAUUUGUCGGCUUCGUGUCAUGAAGCCAUUUACAAGACAUUUGAUGAACUUAAUGAUACAUAUAUAUGGAUUUCAAAACUCGAUGUGUCGAAAAAUAUAAGUUAUGCACACGAUCUCGUAGCAGGUAUCAAGAAAAAUAAUCUACGAGUUAAAAUUGUAUAUCCAUAUAGAAAUUUACUUUCACCAAUUACAAGAUUUUGGAAAAUAAAAAAUCCUUCGCUAGGGUUGAUCAUGUAUACGGCCGCAGCAUCAAUAUGCAGACGUGUUUCCCUAUACGGCUUCUAUCCAUUUUAUAAGUUGCCGAACGGAGAACCAUUAAAACACCAUUAUUACGACAAUAGGACAUUGAACUACACUACCAACCAUCACAUGCCUGCUGAAUAUGAAAUGCUGAAAUCAUUUAACAAAAGUCGAAUAAUUCGGCUAGUUACAGAUAAAUGUAGGAAUUUGUAGCAUCAAAUCAUUAAACCAAAUUCGUAAAUUUCGGCAAGUAACAGAAGUCAGACCCGACAUUGGACCAAAUUUUAAGACAGAUGCCCGAAAAUACUUCAAAGCUGUGUUCUCCGACGAAAUGGCUGCUUCUUCUUCGACGGGGAUUCAUCCUGUGACACCCCACCCCGGACUAACUGCUAGCGCCUCCACUAGGCCUAGAUGCAUUGAAGCCCCACGCAUUGAUACAAUAAAAUGGUGGGCACAUCAUUGUUAUUUGUCACAUAAAAUUUGAUGGUGU